GUAGUUCUACAACGACACUCAGGGUAGUUCAAAAAUAAUGAGGCGUAGUUCUUCCGCUAAUACAGUAGUUCAUAUGUAAUUUUGUUAUUCUUUUUAUUAUUUAAUUAAUUAACAUUACAGUAAGUAGUCAUGGCACUAUUAAACUUUGGGGGCGAUCCCUGGUUGCACGAGCAUGAUUCAUGUGAAAAGUUGCGUAGAGACAUUAUGGAGCAACUGUCCUUACGACAGCAAGAGCCAAGAACGACCGAGAAGUACGCCCGCAUAUCUAGCGGGAUUAGAUUUCGUUUAAGACAGUACGCCGACGAAGUGAACCAGCUUAGGGAAAAGACUAAUCAGGCGUCCAGAUCGAGAUCGAUUACUCUUGAUGAAACUGAAAGGCGACUAAGACAAAUAGAAUUGCUACAAUCCGAAGGUGUACAAAUGCAAAAGAUGUUCGACGACCAUAACUUAAAUAUUGACAGAGAUCGCUCACGUUUACUAGGCGCGACAUCCGGUUGGGAGUCUGACGACGAACAGCCUUUGGACACGGGCACACAGUACACUGUGCAGGAACUAAAAUCACAACAGCAACAAAUGCUGGAAGACCAAGACAAAGGCUUAGAAAAUCUAUUAAAGAUCGUAUCAAAGCAGAAGAACAUUAGUCAAAAUAUUGCCACAGAAGUUGACUUACACAACGAAAUCAUAGACGAUUUAGGCGAUCACAUUGACAGAACGGAUACCAGAGUUGCAAAUGAGACAACUUCAAUAUCAACCAUUAUGAGGAAGGACAAAACGACAAUAUAUUGGGUUAUUAUUGUAUUAUUAUUUAUAGCAAUACUUUGCUUAGCGACAAUUUAGUUCAACAAGGCUUUUUAUAUUUACAAAAUUAAUUGUUAUUAAUAUAAGUUUAUUUUUAUUCAUAAUAUUUUUAUUAAAUAAACUAAUGUACAAAGUU